AUGAGCAAGUCACAAGACAGCCACAACUCCGAAACGGUGCACCUCCAGCCCGUGGGCGAGGCCGCUCAGCCAGGGUCCAAGGAGUGCGAAUCCGACUACGACCCGCACGAGCAUCGUCAGCUGCCGAAACCAACGAACAACUGGGAGACCCUGGUGCACCUUCUCAAAUGCAGUUUGGGCACCGGCAUCUUAGCGAUGCCUCAAGCAUUCGCUCGCGCCGGCUUAGUCACCGGCGUGCUGGCGACCAUCAUCGUCGGCGCCUUAGUGACACACUGCCUCCACGUGCUGGUACGAUCACAGUACGCGGCGUGCCGGCGCCUGAGAGUGCCGCUGCUUACCUACCCCCAGUCUAUGUCAGCGGCUCUCGAGGCCGGUCCGCCACCACUGCGCCGCUUCGCCGGUUCGCUCGCUACCACCGUAGACAUCUUCCUGGUCGUCUACCAGCUCGGGAUAUGUUGCGUCUACAUCGUGUUCAUCGCCGAUAAUAUAAAAAAGAUGGUCGACCCUUACUACACGAUGGCAGUGGAGUUCCACAUGCUAAUAAUCUUGGGCCCACUGAUCGCCUUCAACCUGAUCCCAAGUCUCAAGCUGCUGGCUCCAUUCUCAGCGUUGGCAAACGUGCUCACAUUCGUGGGGCUCGGCAUUGUGGUCUACUACCUGCUGACUAACAAGAAGUCUUCCGCACCACUCGACCUCUGGGGCUCACCAUCCACCUUCCCGCUCUUCUUUGGGACCAUCUUGUUUGCACUGACGGCAGUUGGAGUGGUGAUCGCCUUGGAGAACAACAUGGCGACUCCAAAGGCGUUUGGGGCGCCGUGUGGCGUGCUGAACAGCGGCAUGAUGGUGAUUGUGCUGCUGUACGUGGCUGUGGGCGCUCUUGGCUACGUGUUCUGCGUAUCUGAGUGCAGUGACUCCGUCACGUUGGAUUUACCACAGGGACCGCUGGCGACAAGUGUGAUCGCAAUGUUCGCGGUGGCCAUCUUCAUUAGCUACGGGCUACACUGCUACGUUCCGGUAGAAGUGGUGUGGCGCGGCUACCUACUGCCGCGCCUGCAGCAGUCGGGGGCGCCGCCCGCACGCCUCCGCCUGGCCGAGUACGGGCUGCGCGUAGCCCUAUGCCUGCUCACAUUUGUGCUGGCAGUCGCAGUACCUCGGCUGGGGCUGUUCAUCUCGUUAUUCGGUGCACUGUGCUUGUCCGCGCUGGGCAUCUGCUUCCCGGCGCUGAUGGAGAUGUGUGUGUCAUUCCCGGACAAGUUCGGGCCUGGCCGCGUUCGCCUGCUCAAAGACGUGCUGCUGUUCAUAAUAGGAGUGGUGGGGCUAGUGGCCGGCACAUACACGGCGCUCGUCAGCAUUGUGCGCUCCUUCAUGCCGGCGGAGGCGCCGACACUCCACGCCUAGUCUACACGCCGUAUGCAAUGUUCUACGAACAUUCUCAUACAUUGCUCCAGCCAUCAGACUUGUAAAAGUUGUAGGCACACGUUAUAUUUGCUUCACGCCGGUUUACAAGUGGAGUGUUAUUGAGUUAUAUAGGAUUACACCGCGACAGUAUUUAGGUGAUAAGUUAAAUUGGCAGAUGACCUGCAGCGAGCGCUGGAUCUCACGCAGCAGUAAGUAGCCACGUGUGACACCCACGUGCCUCGACGUCCACGUGAUUCUCGGUUCAAAUUGGUUCAAUUGUUUCUUAGAUUAAUUAUAAUUUUAUAUAAUUAAUUGUUAUUUCUUGUAAUAAUAGUAAUCGUACCUGCCUUUUUU